GUACAUAUUAUGUUGGAGACAGUCUAUCGCCCCCCAAUUCGCAACACAAUCGUCCUCCGCCACCCUCCAUUAACCCUAGCGGCAGCAGCGCUCGUUUGAUCCCCGCGGCGGUCCGGCGUCCGGGUAGGGGAGCGAGGAUGACGGAGUCCCUGGUGCGGAACAAGCCGGGGAUGGCCAGCAUCAAGGAGAUGCCGGUGCUGCAGGACGGGCCGCCGCCGGGCGGUUUCGCGCCCGUGCGCUACGCGCGCCGGAUUCCCACCUCGGGCCCCAGCGCCACUGCCAUCUUCCUCACGGCCUUCGGCGCCUUCGCGUAUGGCAUGUACCAGGUCGGUCAGGGGAACAAGGUGCGCCGGGCACUCAAAGAAGAGAAAAUUGCUGCUCGUAGUGCUAUACUACCGAUGCUCCAAGCUGAAGAGGAUGAAAGAUUUGUCAAAGAGUGGAAGAAGUAUCUUGAGGAGGAGGCGAGGAUUAUGAAAGAUGUUCCAGGGUGGAAGGUUGGCGAGAGUGUGUACAAUUCCGGGAAAUGGAUGCCCCCGGCCACCGGUGAGCUCCGCCCUGAGGUGUGGUAAGGGCCUGUUGUAGGCAUUGAGAAUGCAAUCAUGUCAUGAGGGCAUGAAUAAGGCUAUCAGACAUGGGCAUCCUUCUUUGUUCACUAAGGAUCAGCUGUUCAAAUACCUGUAUCUAUUUUACUCUUAUGAAAUCUGGCUGGUUAAUAAUAUGAAGCCGACGCUUUGCCUCAUCUAUGCUCGUGCAUUGAUGUAACGUGUCCUUGUUUGAUAUUAAGAAACUACUAUGGAAUAUAAGAAAGAAAACAGCCUGCUUCUUGCA